AUGGGAAGGUAGAUUUUGCUUCGUUUUUGGAAGUCAUGCAUGAGCACAACGCAAAGGAGAAUGCAAUAAGGGAGAUAACAAAUGCUUUUAGAGCACAUGACACAGAGGGCAAAGGUUAUGUACAGGUUAAUGAAGUGAAGAAUAUUUUGUUGAAUCUUGGAGAGAGGGUGUCACGCAGAGAAUUGGAAGCAUUGUUUAGAGAUGGUGGUGUUACUGGUGGUCAGAUAAGAUACAGUGAAUUUAUAGAUAAUAUAGCCCAGCCAGUACCAGAUUAUUGAUAUGUUAUCAUUCCAAAUAUUCAUCAUA